UUUCUAUGGUUACCCGAACACGGUUAAAAACGCCAAAAUGCCACCAAAGAAAAAUGAGAACGAGCAAAAGUUGACCAAAGCUCAGAGGAAGAAGCAAAUUGAGAAGAAGGAGAGGAGGCUGCGAGAAGAAGAAGAACGGCUGCAGGCUGGAAGAGAAGAGCAGGAGAGGCUGGAAAGAGAAAAAAAGCAGGCAGAGGUGGAGAAUCUGCAGUUGAAGGUAGACUCCCGUGUGCUGAAGGACUCGUCUGUGCUGAAGGACUCGUCUGUGCUGAAAGACUCGUCUGUGCUGAAAGACUCGUCUGUGCUGAAGGACUCGUCUGUGCUGAAGGACUCGUCUGUGCUAAAAGACUCUGUGCUAAAAGACUCGUCUGUGCUGAAAGACUCGUCUGUGCUGAAGGACUCGUCUGUGCUGAAAGACUCGUCUGUGCUGAAAGACUCGUCUGUGCUGAAGGGCUCGCCUGUGCUGAAAGACUCGUCUGUGCUGAAAGACUCGUCUGUGCUGAAGGACUCGUCUGUGCUGAAAGACUCGUCUGUGCUGAAAGACUCGUCUGUGCUGAAAGACUCGUCUGUGCUGAAGGACUCGUCUGUGCUGAAGGACUCGUCUGUGCUGAAGGACUCAUCUGUGCUGAAGGGCUCGUCUGUGCUGAAAGACUCGUCUGUGCUGAAAGACUCGUCUGUGCUGAAAGACUCGUCUGUGCUGAAAGACUCGUCUGUGCUGAAAGACCAUGAAAGCCAGAGUCAGAGUGAGGAGGAGGAGUUCAUCCAAGGAUCUGAAGGACAGAAGAGUGCGUGCGGUCAGGUGUCCAGUAGAAACAGCGCUCUGGCUGCAGAGGGCAGGAGGACUGAGAUCUUCACACAGAUGGAAGCACUGGAUGCCGAAGUGUCGGCUGUUCUCCAGCAGACACCCACACCCUGUGACGUCCAGGUGGUGGAUCUGAUGGAGUACUCACCUCUGGGUGGAGUCUUCUUCUAUGGUUUGUAUCACCUUCCUGCUCAGGCUAAAAAGGAAGGAAGUUGGAAAAUGCAGCAGGUUUUAAGCACAGGUCUGGAAGUGUUCCCCUACUCCUCUAAGUCCAGCUCAGAGGACCCCUCUCCUGUUGGGGUGUCCGUGACUCUGCCCGACUCUGUGGUUUUCUUUGAACCUCCAGGCGUGGCUCGAUGGGACGCUGCAGAUAAACAGUGGAGAACAGACGGCAUCACCGAUGUUUCGUUCCAGGAGGCUGAAGCCAAAAUCUCCUUCAAGAUGGAAACUUUGCUGCCGUUCGCGCUGAUGCAGAAAACUUACAUCAACCUGCCGUUCCGGAGCUGGGAGCUGCGGCCGCUGGGCCAGAGCUCGGCUCGUUUCUCUGUCAGCGGGCCGCUCUUCRACCUCAGCAUCACCGUCCAGGCGAGGAGCUCCGACAGCCAGUGUUUGCUGCAGCUGGAGGGGGGACCUCGCCCUCACCUGCUGGGGAGGUGGAUGAGCAGACCUGACCUGCAGAAAGUCAUGAUCAACGCCGGCAUCAACAUCUUCGUGGACGAAAACACGGACCGUUACGUCCGCAGCCUCGACAAGAACCCAGGUGUGGAGCGAGCGGCCUACCAGCAGAUGGCGCUCUCCGCCUCUUCCUGCGCCUUCUCAUGGAGCAGGUGGAACUCUGAAUGUGGCCCUGAGCGUCUGGUCCUGCAGGCAUGUGAGCACCAUGGCCAUGACCCGGUACCUGAAGACUCCUGGACUUUGUACCUGGUGGGCUCCCAGUGGAGCCAGAAACUGGACCUGACUGAGAAGAGCCAAAGCUUCUCCUCAGACCACGAUCCUGGCAGCAGGUUUCACUCCACCUUCUUCCACAUGCUGCAGGACAACAUGAGUCCUGAAGGGACCACUAAAACCACACAAUCCCAUUAUCUGUUGGUCAACACGCUGCAGGACCUUCUCUGGUCUACCAGACCCCUGAACUUCUCAGGACCUGGUUAGGAGGCGGCACACAAACACACCUUCUGUUGUAGAAUAAGCUACUUUAUUUGUGCAAAGUUCCACGCAGCUUCUUUGGAAACAUACAAAAAGUUUGUAUUUAAACUGUGAAAACCACAGAAAAAAAACAAAGAAUAAAAAAAGCUUUGGUGUUAAAACAAGUAGAAAUCAGUCAAUAAUUCAGACGUCUCCAAACUCUUGAUACUUUAAGAAUAAAGACACAAAAAACUAAAUCUCUUAAAUAACAAACACAUAAAAUCUAAGUUUAUUACCAGUGUUCAAACUCAAGUUAUUUGUUGGAAAAAAAAA